AUGGCGCCGUCUUCCUCAAAGAGAGAGACGCGAGGUUUCAAUUCCUCUCGUAGCAGCCAUCAGCGCUCGCAGCCAAGACGCAACCAACGACCGUUUAACUCAAGCUCCAGCGACAGACGUGAUCGGAUAGCAUCUUCUGCUCGAGAAUCCUCGGCUGCGGCGUAUACCGAGAAUUCUGGAAAUAACCAAGUAUCAGAUGUGGUGAGUCAGUUACAAGGUAAUAUUGGCCAGCAGGACCGGGACGAUGAAAAUGCAGAUCUGUGUCAGGUUGUGAUGGCUAUGGACAUGAAGGAGAGAUGCUCUGUUGGUUGCUGUUAUUACGUUGCAGCUGAGCAGAAGCUGUAUCUGCUUGAGGACAUUACGUCUGGGGGACUAGAGGCCAUUGAGACGUUAAAACUUGACGUUCAACCAACACUUGUUCUGCUCUCAACCCGGGCAGAUCAAAGCACGCCCAACCUGGGGCAAACUGGACUAGGUAUGCACACCGCGGACAACGGCGAUCAGUUCCAACUGCCUUAUCAUCUCGACGUUCGACCAGUGCAGGAAUUCAACUUCGAGGGUGCAAAACUAAAGCUUGCUAGCCUUCCGCUCAGUACAAGUAGAUCCGAGACCCGCUUCCUUGUCCCUGGUGAUACUUUCUCGCUAAAGCAAAAUGGAGAUGAGAACGAUUUGGGGUUCACUGAUCAUCAAGGAAGGCUACUAAACCUUUCUGGCUCUAUUGAUAUGGAUAAUCGUAUUUCUAUCGGUUGUGCGGGUGCUAUCAUUACCUACCUACAGAGAAAACGAGCAGCGGAGUGCCUUACAAGGGACAGUUCCGGGAGUGAAUUGUUCAACAUUAAAUCCCUUGAAAUGCGUAGCCUAAGGGACACGAUGUUUGUCAAUACCGAUACACUUACUUCACUCCAAGUAAUCCAAUCCGAGUCCCAUCCAAAUGCGUUCAACCAGGGGCCUGGUAAGACCUCCCCUGGAGCAAAAGAGAGCUUAUCAAUAUAUGGUCUAUUUCACCAUUUUGCUAGGACACCGCAUGGGAAGACUCGUCUAAGGCAAAGGUUUCUUCGCCCCAGCACGGAUGCUGCUCACAUUAAGGAGGGACAUGACUUUAUCAGCACAUACCUACGUCCAGAUAACGGCGAAUGUAUUGAAAAACUCACCAAGAGCUUGAAAGGGAUAAAAAAUUUGCGCCCAGUAAUGGUACAUGUACAGAAGGGCAUCAGUUCGGGAAAUGCCAAAUUCAAGGCGUUCAAGAGUGGAGUUUGGGCAACGCUUUUGGAGUUUGCAUUCCACGCUAUAGACGUACACGAUACGAUACGAACGGUUAUGGGGGCGGAAAAUUUGGAUAUCCAUUUGAGGGCACUUGAGAAGCUAGAUGUGGCUAUCCUACACCAGGUUGGAAGAAUAAUUCAUGAAACGGUCGACCUACAAAGCUCGAUUGACGAGCACCGGACUGUCGUUAAACCGAGAGUAGAUCGCGAACUGGACGAUCUGAAAGAAACAUAUAAUGGCCUGGAUAGCUUGCUCAAUCAGGUGGCCAUAAAUAUUGCUGGUACUAUUCCCAGCAGGCUGAGCAACGAUGUUAACGUCAUUUACUUUCCCCAACUUGGGUUCAACAUUGCUAUGCCAUUGGACGAAAGAGGUCGUGCUGUUUACGAUGGCGGAGAGCAACCGUGGGAUCAGGUAUUUACCACAGAAAACAGGGUAUAUUUCAAGGAUUUCCGUAUGCGAGAGAUGGAUGAGAAAUUUGGAGACAUCUAUGGCCUUAUUUGCGAAAAGGAAAUUGAAAUUGUCUACGAAAUGGCGCAGAAUGUACUUCAGCACGAAAAAUUUCUUGUGGACGCUUCCGAUAUCUGUGGAGAUAUAGACAGCCUUCUCGCUCUAGUACAAGGGGCCAGUUUAUAUAAGCUUGUAAGGCCACAGAUCACACAGGACAACAGUAUCGUAAUUAAGGGAGGACGCCACCUUCUGUAUGAGGUUACUGUUCCUACAUUUAUCCCGAACGAUACCCUAAUUGUUGGAGGAAAUGGAAGAGAAGGAUCCCCACCAAAUACAUCAACUCAAUCACUUGAAACCUCGGUUGAGGUGGCUGAAACCCAGUGCCCGAGCAUGUUACUGCUGACUGGGCCAAACUACUCCGGCAAAAGUGUUUACCUCAAACAGGUGGCUCUAAUUGUCUAUAUGUCCCACAUCGGGAGUUUUGUCCCCGCGGAAAGGGCCAAAAUCGGCAUCACGGACAAAAUACUAACACGGAUAACAACAAGAGAGACAGUCUCCAAGACCCAAAGCUCCUUUAUGAUCGACUUACAGCAAAUAUCCUUUGCUUUAAACCUCGCAACCGAGCAUAGCCUGGUUAUAAUCGAUGAAUUUGGCAAGGGGACAGAAUCGACCGAUGGCGCGGGUCUCGCCUGUGGGCUGUUCGAAUACUUACUCAGUCUUGGUGAGAAGAGACCGAAGGUGCUCGCCGCAACGCACUUCCAUGAGAUAUUCGAAAACGGAUUUCUACCCCCAAGGAAAGAGCUUGAUUUUGGGUACAUGGAAGUUCAAGUUGAUCCGGCUGCGAGAGAGGUGGAGAAUCAGGUCACAUAUCUAUACAAUUUCCGAUCUGGACGGAGCAAUGCCAGCUUUGGAACUAACUGUGCGGCGUUGAAUGGGAUUGACCAAGCCAUUAUUUCGCGCGCAAAUGAAAUUGGUACCCUAGCUGCCCGUGGUGAAGAUCUUGUGGUCAUUUGUGCGAAGAUGUCUGCGGAUGAAAUGGGCGAGCUUGAAGAGGCGGAGAGUAUGGCGAGGAGGUUCCUUGGUGCGGAUUUCUCCCACGGACCUAAUGGUGCGGGUGACGGGUGUGAAGAUAAUAGUGAGCGACCAGAAGCGUUGCUGGAAAAUAUUAUUGGUAAGAGUUAUGGUAGCACGAUAAUGACUGGGCUUACAUGA